UCCAUGGUAUCCAUGGAAAUCAACAAUUGUAUUUCUGAUCAAGAUGUAAGAAUGAUCUGGCUGCAGUAUUGAUAUUAGUUACUUGUUAGCAAGUAGUAUUUUGGAAUUGAUAAAAAUUAUAACAGUUUAAAAAUAAUGUCGCAAUUUUGGCAUGCGCACUGGGCUGAAGAUGGUUUCAAACCAACUAGACUGCAAAAUUGGGAAGUACCAAGGUGGCAUGCUGAAUGGCCAGACAGGCAUUGCACAACAACAAAAUUUGAAGCUCAUAAAAAUGGACGUCUUUUUGCUAGCGCUAAAAAAUCUAAUAACAGUAGUCCUUGGGGAAAUUUUAAGGGAACAUGGGAACUACCCUUGAAAAUAGAUCGCCGCACUGCUGAAGAACUUUCUAGGUCUACUGAGUAUAAAAAGAAAUUUUGGACUGCUCAUAAGGCUAAACAUCAGCGAAUAUGCAAAGGGAUAUGCACAGAUUCCGUUGUUACUGGAAAGAAGAAUAAAGAUAAUGAAAAUCAAAAUGAAAAUGAAGAGAAAAAAGAAGCACAAGUUGAAGGAACUAUUGGGAAAAUUAAAAAUGAAGACGAUAAUCAAACAAAUAUAGAUGAAAGUAAUUUACCAAAGAACAAAUGUAAAAUUGAGAAAAAGUGCAAAUUUUGAAUUUUGGCUUACCCUGUAAGUCUGUAAAGAUGGACAUUAGCCCGAUCAUGUUCUUUUACUGUUGGACUCCAUGGAUAAACUUCAUUCAUAGUUGAUUUCCACCAUAUCAAAAUCUAAAAAAAAGUAUUACUCUGUUAUGAGUUAUCACCAUUAAAAAACAAAAAAUUAUUGAAUAGAAAAAAACUCACCAAAUCUUCUGUUUUAUUAUGCUGUAUCUUUUUCUCCAAUCGUCGACCACUAGGCCCACAAAUAUCAAAUGUUGACAGUUUAGGAUCCAACCUACUUAUCUUAUCAAAAAUAUUUCUUUUUGGUUUGAAGAAGCUAACCAAAGUAACUUGCGUAUCGUUAUAAGUACAAAUUAAGUAAUUCUUUGUAAUAAUAACUGUAAAAAAGUAAAAGAGUUAAAUAUAUGUGUGAUGAAGUGUA